UUUUCAUUCAUAAAUGAUUAUUGAAUAAUGGGAUUGUUAUUAAAAGCGGUAUACUGUAAGGCGCAUCGCCCAAUGACGCGUUUUUGUUUUGUUUCUAGCAGCAUAAUGCUUAAAUAAUUCUUAAAAUGAAAUAGAGUACAUUAGUUCGAAAAUGAAAAAGGGUUCGGUUUUCGAAAGGUUCGCAAUUCCGAAAAACAAUAGGCCUUCAUCUAGGUUUCAUGUUAUUUUCGGAAUUAUGAACCUUCGGGAUCAUGAAUCCUAUCUCAUUUUAAAGUUAUGAACUGGUUGUUAUCUUCAGAAUUGCGAAGUGUAUUUCAUUUUUAACCUUAGGAUAAUACGACAUGUUACCGGGUAUUUGCGGGCUUUAACGGCUUAAUCACUUUUCUGUGUGUGUGUGUGUGUGUGUGUGCACUUGUAAUGACCGUCAAUCGGGGAGGUUCAUAUGAAUACACAACUUCCAACUGUGGAGACACAGCAAACCGUGGAGCUCCACAGUUGCAGAAUCAUUAAAACGAGAUUUAAAUCAGCUUUGGGACAUCCCAGUAGUACCCCAUCAACGUUCGGCUGCGAUUUAACUCCAUCCCCGGUUUCCCACUUUGGAGUCAUAGCUUGCAGCCUGAAUAUGUGUAUUAUUUUCCGAUCUCAAGAAUAAUAUCAAGUGAAGAGCGCCAGCAUGAGGAUACACACUGCACAGUCUGUAUCUUAUUAGAUGCAGCGCAUGCGCAGUGCUGGUGCAGUGCACCUUGCGACGUGCCUGUUAACGUAUAUGGACAUGUCAUGGCGGGAUUAGUACAGCCACAACUGGCAAAAAAUCGGAUUCUCAGAAGUCAAACCAGACAGACAGUUCCAGAUAUUUUUAGUGAAGUUGAUCCUGAAGGAUUUACAGUGAAACAGCUGCCUGACAAAGGUAGAGCAGUCUUUACCACCAAAACGUUUGAAGAGGGAGAAUUCCUUUUGUGGUACAGAGGAGAUCUGGUAACCAGAGAUGUGGGGGAACAAAGAGAUGCAGACUGUGAAACUUGCUUCAGAUACUUUUUCACAUGGAAAGGGACGAAAUGGUGAUGAAACAGAUUCGGAAAUUUCUAUGCAACUUGCACCACCUCCCUCUCCCUCCAGUGAAGUUUUAAAUGAUGAAACAGAUUCGGAAAUUUCUACGCAGCUUGCACCACCUCCCUCUCCCUCCAGUGAAGUUUUAAAUGAUGCUGGUUCAUCAGUUCCCUGCAAUAUGUCAUCGGAAGACUCUUUUUCUACUCCCCCUUUCUUCUACACCUCAUCUUCACUUCAGUCUGAUAUUACUUCAUCUGUUCAUUCAUUACUUCCCCUAACACCUCCCCGCACCCCCCAAUCAACCCCUCACACAACCCCUCCCUCAACCCCUCUCCUAACCCCUCU